AUGGCACUCACAACCUCGACCGCAACGACAUCAUCCACUACGGCGCUAAUAACCUUCUACGACAUCGCCCUCGCACCCCCCGCCCCAAAGAACGCCUGCUCCCCAAACCCCUGGAAAACCCGGUACGCCUUGAACUUCAAAAAGACUCCGUACAAAACAACAUGGGUGCCUCUACCCGAUAUCAGCUCCGUCCGCGGCGCUCUCAACAUCCCCGCCUCGCGCAAAUUCGCCGACGGAACCCCCUACCACACCCUCCCCGUGAUCUCCGACCCAGCUACCGGGCGCAUCGUGGGGGACUCCUUUGAAAUUGCGGUAUACCUACAAAAACAAUAUCCGUCCUCGGGGGCGGGGGACUUGUUCCCCGCGCAGGAGCUAGGGUACGUCUUUGGGCGGGACUUGGAGCUUCCUGCGCCGAUUGCGGAGGCGGAGGUGGCGGAGGAGCAUAUUGCGGCCUAUGUGAAGUUUAAUACGAAUGUCGAUGCUGCGUUUACUGCCCAUACGCAGCUGAUGGUGCAAGGGUUUCCUUUUGAUCCUGCUACUGCGGAGGAGAGCAAGGCGGAGUUCUCACGGAGGGCAGGAGGAGUGCCGUGGGAGGCUAUGUUGGUUAGUGGGGAAAAGAGGGAGGAAUUGUUGAGGUCCUUCGAGGAGACCCUAGGUGGCCUUGCCAGGUUGUAUGAAAGGGAUGCGAGUGGGCCGUUUCUGAUGGGGAGUAAGGCAAGUUAUGGGGAUUUUAUUGUGGGGGGGUGGUUGCGCAUGAGUCGGCGCAUGUUGCCGGCGGACGAGUGGGAAGCAUUGAAAGGGUGGCAUAGCGGUGUAUUUGGAAAGUUAGAUGAGGCGCUGGAGGUGUUUGCGCAGAUGGACUAG